AUGAUCCAAUCAGAGGCUGAUCUGGGGGGCUACAACAUCAACGACGUGACCUUCUACUGGACCAGGGACAACGAGUCCGUGAGCGGUCUGGACUCUCUGCAGCUCGCUCAGUACACGGUGGAGGACUACUACACCUCUGUGUCCGAGGCCAUUUACGAGACCGGGCAUUACCCGAAGCUGGUUUUCUACUUUGAGCUGAAGAGGAGCAUACUGUACUUCAUCCUGGAGACGUACGUGCCCUCCAGCCUCCUGGUGGUGCUGUCCUGGGUCUCCUUCUGGAUCUCCCUCUCCUCGGUCCCGGCUCGUGUCUGCAUAGGCGUGACCACGGUCCUGACCAUGACCACGCUGAUGAUGGGCGCCCGCACGUCUCUGCCCAACGCCAACUGCUUCAUCAAAGCCAUCGACGUGUAUCUGGGAAUCUGCUUCAGCUUCAUCUUCGGGGCGUUGAUAGAAUACGCCGUGGCCCACUUCUGCACGCUGAGCAGCACCGACACACACAUGCUCAUGGCUGUCCAUACUCGGAACCCAACAAACCUGACUGAACUAGAGAUGAUCUGCAAAGAAGAAUGGUCCAAAAUACCUUCCAGCAGAAUCCAGACUCAGACUCUAAUUUACAGCCACCACAUCCACGACCUGGACGACGAGAUCAACGGCAUCGUCACCACCAUCUCCAGCCACGCCGCCGCCACCCGCCGCGCCAAGAGACGGGCCGCCAAAGAGCAAGCCUCCGGCACCGCCACGGCCUCCACCGAGCUCACCAUCACGCCCUCCUCCCCCUCCGGCAGCGAGCCCAAGCCCGAGCCCUCCCCGCCCGAACACACGCACUGGUGCAUUACCGUCCUGGCGACCCUCCGCAAACUCCUCCUCCGCUCCAUCAGAUGCUGUACCGUGGAGAACCCGCACCACAUAGACAACUACUCACGGGUCAUUUUCCCCCUGUCCUUCGUCAUGGUGAACCUGCUCUACUGGACAUACUACCUGUACUUCUAG